GAAGGACCUGCUGGCGGCCUACCUGACGCAGCUCAUCCCCGCCAUUCAGCAGGCGAUCAUCGACGAUGACGACUCGGUGAGAAAUCAAGCCAGUACUGUGGUGGCGCUGCUGCACAAUGCCGUGGGGCCACGGGCCACCAAAGAUGUGGUAGAGUGGUUGCUCGAGCAGCUUGAAGGGGACGAGGAGGGCGAACUCUUCCUUCAUGGUUUGGAGCAGCUCAUGAAGAAGCAGCCAGGCGCGGUUCUCCCCACCGUCUUGGGCGAGCUCGCAUCACCGACGAAGACCGAGUGGACCCCGCUGCAGGUGCAGGGUCUGGCGUCUUUGUCGGUGGUGCCCGACCGCAACGCGGUGCACCGUCACUUGGGAGAUGUACUGCCUGUGAUCAUCAAAGUGGCCAGCACCAGCGACGACCCUGAGAUGCAGGAGGUGGCAGUGGAGUCGGCGGCGCGCGUGGUGGACGCAGUGGAGCAGACUGGCCUGGUGAUGCUGCUCAACGAGCUCGUGGGUCCCAUGCAGGAUGCUGAGAGUGCUCGGCGCCGUGUGGUGGGUGCACAACUGUUGAAGCACUUCUUUGAAAACACCGGCUUGGAUGUGGUGCCGGCCUUGCCCUUGGCUUUACCCGCCUUGCUGCCCUCGGCACUGGCGGACCAGGACGAGGACGCGCUGAGCGCGGCCAUGGGCGCGUUGAACGCCAUUGUGAAGAAGUGCAAGAAAGAGGAGCUGCCGCCCUACCUGAACGAGGUACGCGGGACGGUCUUGAAGCUCAUCACGGACCCCGAGACGAAGAAAGUGGACCCGGAGAUCUUCCUCCCAGGACUUUGCAACCACAAGGGCUUGGAGCCGCUGUAUCCCAUCUACCAACAUGCCUUGGUACAUGGAAGUCCCGAUGCCCGCGAGGUGGCUGCGAAAGGCCUCGGAGAGCUGGUGGACCAUACCACAGAGAAGGCCCUGGCGCCUUACGCGGUGAAGAUCACAGGUCCUUUGAUCCGUAUCGUCGGCGACAAGUUCCCCGGGAGUGUGAAGAAGGCCAUCGUCGAAGCCUUGCGGUCCUUGCUGGCACGUGGAGGCGACACCUUGAAGCCGUUCCUGCCGCAGCUCCAGACGACCUACGUGAAGUGUCUCUCGGACCCACCCAACUCCGAGGAGGUGCGGGAGAAGGCAGCAGAGUCGCUGGGCAUGUUGGUGAGAAGGGCGCCCAGAACCGAGCCGCUGAUCAAUGAGCUUUGCACUGGAGUGUCCAAUCAGGUGGACCCCGCGGCGCGUUUGGCCAUGGGCCACGCGCUAGGAGAGGUCCUAUUGAACUUGCCACAAGCAACGAGUGAAACCGCACAGGGGAAGAUCUUGGCCGCCUUGACGGCACAGAACUUUGACCUGGACUCGCCCAGAGAGUGUGAGGUGAUUGGCUGGGCCUUGGGGAUGUUGCUCCGGCGGCACCUGCCUACCGAGAAGGCCGUGGAGGUUUUCAACGAGCAGGUGAAGCCGCUGCUGAGUUCUGGGUCUAAGCGCUGCAUUGGAGCUUUUGCCUUGGCAGGCAUUUGCUGGUGCCAGCAGCCCUUCCUCGCGGAGCCUGCCGCGGACGAGCUGCUGAGUCUCGCAGACGAGGCCGCCAUGGGUCUUUUGCCGCAGUUGCUGAAGGAGAGCCAAACCGAGGUGCAAAGCGCGGGCCUGGCGUUAGCCGCAAGCAUGGCGAAGCUCCACACCAGGACCGGCCGCUCCUGGGAGCCCUUGGAGGCGCUGGCGAACCGCGUGGCCCUGUUGGUGGGCCCAGGCGAUGCAGCACUGCAAAGCCGCAGCGCCUGCUUGGCAGCCAGGCACUUCCUCAGCGCGGCGGCCACAGAGGCAAAGGCGAGUGCUGCAAAAGUCGCCGCGGCUGUGGCGCAGCGUGGGUCAAAGUGGGAGGAGACGGAAGACUAUGAACGAGCUUUGGCGGCCGCUUUGCCGGUGAAGAACCGGGACGAGGAAGGGGUGAAGGCAUCUUUGGAGAAAAUGAUCCCCUUAGUCGACGCGAAGGCGGCACAGGCCCUGAAGGACUUCGGCCUCAAGCGCAUCUGCAGCUUGUCUUUCUACACGGGCGUGACCGACUUCGUUUGGGAUUUGUAGGCGACAAGAUGAAGAUCUGAGUUGAGUUGAGCUUCCAAAGGUCCCCAUGUGCUGCAGAGCAACUGCCGGCACAUGUGUACAGUCCUUGCAGAAGCUGGCUCUCUAGAUGGUUAGACAGGUUGGAUGCUGUGUCCUUGGAUUGUGGAAAUCGGAC